CUAUUCCAUGAUUCCACUUUUGUCUGUCACUCUCUUUUGCAACUCACCGUUCCACUUAAUUGUAUGGGUAUGCAGAGAAGAAGAUAAGUGGUGCGAAUGAUGGAGGAAGUGGCAGGGGCGUUUGGCAGCAGCGCCAGCUUCGCCCUCCGCUUGGGGCAGACCGUCUUCUCCUCCGCCUCCCUUCUAUUCAUGUGCUUUGGCGUCGAUUUCUACUCAUACACCGCUUUCUGCUAUUUGGUGACAGUCAUGGGUUUGGUAAUUCCAUGGAGCGUAACAUUGUUAGUAGUAGAUGCUUACUCCGUCUUCAUAAAAGACCUACAAAUUCAGCAAAGGAUUGUAAUGAUAAUCUUUCUGGGAGACAUGGUUUUAUCGUAUCUCUCGCUGGCUGCAGCAUGCUCUACAGCGAGUGUCGCGGAUCUUCUGCUUGAAGCUGGUGGAUCCCUUUGCCCUGCAAGACUAUGUGGUAGAUAUCAAAUGUCUGCUGCUAUGGCCUUUUUGUCUUGGUUUCUUUCAUCAGCUUCCUGUCUUUUCAAUUUUUGGCUCUUCUCUUCUCUGUAAAAUACAUAGCUCACUGUUGAUAUAUGUGUAAAUGAAUGCAAAGGGUGUGAAUGUGAAUGACAAAGUCAUUUGCUUUUUAAGUACAUAUUUUUUGAAAUUUCCUUGUGAAUAAAAUUCUGGCGACUAUAGUCAACAAUGUAAUAACUGCUCUUUCAGCAGGGCAAGGGAAAAAUACUAAAGGUUUAUUUCUUGGUUCUCAACUGCUUCCAGCUUUUCUUCCCAGUUUUUUGCUGUUUUACCAAGUUACUUGGGAAAAGUUGGUUGAAAAUCUGAAUGAUUUAUGUAGCAUGGUACUAUAAGUUCCACUGUUCCAAACUGUGUGUACUGUGCCUGCGAUAAUCUGGCGCAACAUCUGUAACAUUCAUUUGGUGCUUAUGCAAUGUGAAGAGUUCUAUUCUAUAUUGUUUCUUUAUGACGUUUGGAGUCACUUUUAUUUCAUCCUUAGGGGGAUUUGAGGGAGCUUGAUCCUUAAGAAUUAAACUUGACUCCAUUCGAAUGACUAAAACACUGGUUAUCAUUUGAGACACUGUCUAAUUC